UGCAGUCCGUUGGCGUGCUGUGGGUUUUCUGUUGAGGGCCUGGAACCAUGCUCCUCACCGCGGUCCUCCGCCGCGGGCGCAUCCCAGGCCGGCAGUGGAUCGGGAAGCACCGGCGGCGGCCGCGGUACGUUUCCGAGCAGGCGGCGAAGCAGAACAUGAUCCGCCGCCUGGAGAUAGAGGCGGAGAACCAGUACUGGCUGAGCAUGCCGUACAUGAGCGCCGAGCAGGAGUAUGGCCACGCCGCCGAGCGCAGGGCGCGGGCCUUCGAGGCCAUCAAGGCGGCCCGCGCGGCCAAGUUCCCCCCGCACAGGUUCGCCGCGGACCAGCUGGACCAUCUCAACGUCACCAGGAAGUGGUCCUGACCCCGAACCUUGCCCUUCGACCGGAGAGACACCUGGCCCAGGAGCUGAAAAUCUCAACUUCAUAAAAUGAUAUCGGGAGUUUCCUGGAGUCAAAGGACACGAAAG